GCCAUCUCCAACUAAGGUCAGCACUGUUCAGGGCAGGCUCAUAGGUAACGACCUGGUGAACUGAAAAGCAAACUUAUCUCACUCACUAAAGCCACUCGCUGAGCGUCUAAGCAUGAGACGUGUGUCCUAAGAGGGGUAGCAAACACGUUUUCAUUCACUUCUCACCAAACCUGUCUCCUAAGCCCAUUUUACAGAGGAGGAAACUGAGGCACAGAGACUUCAAGGUAGGUGGCCAGGUACCCUGGCUCUGCCGGCCUGCCUUUCAUCAAGGGUUUCAAUGGUCUUGGUCAAAUCACAUCUGCACUGAGGAAUUUCCCUGUCCACUGUAGGUUCUCUUGUUGCUCUGAGUUCUUUUUCUGAGAAACUGGGGGAAGUUUGGUGUUUCAAUCAGAGCGGUAUCAUUCAUCUCUCACCUUCUUCCCUGCCUUGUCUCUCCUUGGCCAUACUGAGCUUCCGGACCCUGCACCCCUUCCUGCACCCUUGUCACGCCAUGCAUCUGGGGGAAAUGACACAGCCACAACUGUGCAGCCCCAGCCCCAAGAGAUGCCCAGAGGGCAGUCCACAGGGGCCCUAGUACCUCCUAUCAUCCUUGCCCCAGGCUCUGGCAGGCAGCUCCUGCACGCUUCCCUCAGCCCCAUGACAGGCUCACAGCCCCUCGAGCUUCCAGUCAACCCCAGCCCCCAAUUCUCAGAUGAUAAAUGUGUUUCCUGUUUCAUCAAGACAGGACAUCAAUGUCAUCUGUAACUUCCGGUGCACUGGGGCACACAGCUGCAUCUCCCCAUGCUCACCUCCUGCCUCUUGCUGUGCUCAGUGUGAGGACUUAGCCUGGAUCACCUCCUCCAGGACAAGAACAACCUACCCUCAUCUGUCCAUCCAAUCUACCCACCCAUCCACCCCUGCCUCCGGACAUGUAUCCUUCCAUCCAUCCAUCCCUGCCUCUGUGCAUGCAUCUGUCAGUCCAUCCAUCCCUGCCUCUGUGCAUGCAUCUGUCCAUCCAUCCAUCCCUGCCUCUGUGCAUGCAUCUGUCCGUCCAUCCAUCCCUGCCUCUGUGCAUGCAUCUGUCAGUCUAUCCAUCCCUGCCUCUGUGCAUGCAUCUGUCCGUGCAUCCAUCCCUGCCUCUGUGCAUGCAUCUGUCCCUCAGCCAUCCCUGCCUCUGUGCAUGUAUCUGUCCGUCCAUCCAUCCCUGCCUCUGUGCAUGCAUCUGUCCAGUCUAUCAUCCCGACCCCUUCUUUGUAUCAGCUCAUCCAGUGUUCACCCUAUCCAUCCCUGCCUCUGUGCAUGCAUCUGUCAGUCCAUCCAUCCCUGCCUCUGUGCAUGCAUCUGUCCAUCCAUCCAUCCCUGCCUCUGUGCAUGUAUCUGUCCGUCCAUCCAUCCCUGCCUCUGUGCAUGCAUCUGUCAGUCUAUCCAUCCCCGACCCCUUCUUUGUAUCAGCUCAUCCAGUGUUCAGUGCUCACAACUCCCUCAUCCUAAGACGCUCAUUGGACCUAUUCCCUCCCCUCACCCCACGCGGCUCUCUGCCCUCCCUUCCCAGUCAAGUUCUCCAGCCAGUGGUCUCAACUCAAUCUUCACUUCCUCUGCUCCUCUCAUGUGUAAGCCCACUGUGGCCUAAAUUCUUCCCUAACGCGCUGGGUCUAUAGGCACUAAAAAGGUGACUUUGUCCCUGGAUGACCAAAUACAAGCCAAUGUAACUUACUGGGCUUGUUUUUGUCCCAGCCACGGCUGACCACUUCCUCCUUCACUCUUGUUGUUGAUCACCUUUGGGCUCAGUCUUUCUCCAUCUCUGUUGAUGCCACCUACCACUUCAUGGUGGGGUUCUCUGUAGCUCUGUAUCUGACUGUCACGUUCCACCCUUUCCUCCCAGAAGCUCGCCAGCCCCCAUGGACUGCUGGCUCUCAAGGCGGCCACUAGCCCAGCUCUGACAGCAGAUGGCAAUGCACACUAUGCGGCCCGGAGCAGGCCCUGUGCUGAGAGGCACGGGUGAAUCGCUCAUUUCAUCGGCAAGCCCAUGCCACCAGCAGGCAGCAUUCUCCUUGCAUUUCUCAGGCGAGGAACCUGAGACAAUGAGGUGAAGGAAGUUGUUCAUUACGAGGGGAAGAACCCUAACUUACUUGAAUUCAACUUUGAAGCCCACAUCCUCCUUUUGUGUGUGACAGGGUCUCACUGUGUCACCCAGGCUGCAGUGCAGUGGUGUGAACACAGCUCAUUACAGUCUCAACCUCCCUGACUCAAGCAAUCCUCCCGUUUCAGCCUCCUGAGUAGCUGGGACUACAAGCAUGUGCCUCCACGCCUGGCUGAAGCCCACAUCUUAAUGUUGCAGCACACAGCCUCCCCAGCUUUUGCCUCGCCCAAGCCCUCUGCAGGACCUAGGCGCCUCCCUGGCUGCCCCUCUCCCCCCGUCACUCAGGCUCCCCAGCAGCCCACAGCCAAUGUAGUUAAUAUGGGGCUACAAAGAGCUGGGCCUGGCCUCAGGCGGGAUCGCCUCCCUGGCAUUGCCAUCCCUGCUGCAGAGCUCCCAUGGGAUCAGGCUCCUCUCCAGCUGAGACCACAUCCUCACUCAGCUUCUAGACUGUUCCUGCUUCCCAUCCCCCUCAGCACACGGCCCCUGAGAAACUGCUUGCACAAGAAUUUCCCUCUGGAGCUCCACCUCUAGGGAACCUGACCUCAGACAGAGGAGACCAAGCUCUAGGGCAGGAUCCUCAACUUCCUGGGCCCCAUCUGCAUGGCCAGCCCGGAGCUCUGCAGACUCCCACCCAGACCUGCACUCGUGCCUGCCUUCUACAAGCCUGCUACUCCCUCUCCCACUCUUCCACCUGCAUUAACAGCACCACCAGGACACCAUCCUCCAAAGGCCCCAGCCUCAUCUCUCCUGUCACCAGGAUCCAGCCAGAUCUCAAUCCGUGCCCAUCCUAACUGAACCUCCCUUAGAUCCGUCCACUGCCCCCUUCCCCAGGAGCACACUCCACCAUCUCGUGCCUGGACCAUGCGAGAACUUCCUGCCUCCCUGCCUCUAUCCUACCCCUGGACCCCGCUGAAGUUGAUGAUAGUUCCAGAAUGCAAAACCCCUUAAUGAUUCCCCAACUGAACAGUCUUCCACAUGCUUUCAAGGUCCUUGGUGAUCUGGGACCUGCCACCUUCUGCAGUCUCCCUACUGAUGCCAUAGUUUUGGCUUCCGGCCUCAGAUGUCCCGGGUCAUUUCCUUGUUCACUGGCUCCUCGUACCCCUGACUGAGCUGACUUGCUGCCUUCCUAUUGGAUCUCAACCCUGUGUACCCGGGGAGAGCGGAACCCUGUAUGUCUGGUCUUGUGCUAGUAGGCGCUCAGUGUGUAUGUGUGGAUAUUCACACAUAUAUAUAUAUAU